AUGACUUCCGAGAACCGGUACUUAUAUGAAAAAAUUGUCGACUAUUUGGCCAACUUAAAAACAGAACAUAUUAUGUCCGCCUCAGUUAUCUAUCAAGGGUUAGAAGAGAAUCCGUGGGUAAGUAAAGACGAGCUAAAAGAGAUUGUGGAACAAGCGAAUGGCACAUCAAAACUACAACAAGAACUAGUUAAAAUUUUGAAUGAGAUACCUAUUUCCGAGCUAACCUGGGAUAAUCCUUUAGCCAGCCAG